CGGCUCGGCACCCUGCUUUUCCAACGGUGAAACGCAUGCGGCCAGCUACCACUGGUGAUGCGAAUGUUGGUGAGCACGCCGGUAUGGAAUCAGAUCCAGAGGAUACCCCAAGUCAACGCAAGAGGAGGAGAAUCGCUGCCGUUGACACGCCGGCUCUGAAGAAGUUUAGCUCUGACAUCGACCCGAACUAUUCGCCUCAUCGUAACAGAACCGCUAACAGGCCAUCAAGGCAGCCAAGGCAGCCAUUGUUGGGUCCAGAAGUGGAGGCGACAAACAAGGGUCGUGGGAGGUGUGCGAAAUCUGUGUCACGGCCAACGACGGCCAACCAGCCGGGUGUAACUGAUUAUGUUGUCAAUCCGGCAGUGAACAACGGUGUGCCAUUUGCUUAUGCCGAAGUUGAAAGGUCAAGAGAGGCGAGGAAGAGGUUACACGGGAGUGGAUGUCCAUGUUGUACAUCUUUCUACGAAUUGGCUGGAAUGCAACCACUUCCCACCCACGCUCCUCGAUGGCGGUCACCAUCACCACAGGCAGCUCCCAAUCCAGAUUUCAUGAGCAAAGAGGAGGCGGUGCUGGCUCAUAUGAAGGAGGUCUCGCGGCAUAGGGCGGCUAUGCCCAAAGCAAAGUCACCACCUGGAUUCUGGGAGAGUGACUUCCCUACUACACAAGAGGAGAAGACAUACAAGGAGGAAGCAGAGAAGAGACGGAUGGAAAGGCUUAAGAUGAUGGAGGCAGAGGCAAAUAAGAAGGGUGGGAGGUGGAUUAGGAGGGAGGACGCGGGAAGACCUGGUUCGAGAGGGUAAGGAGUUUCAAGACACUUGGAACUAUUAUAGCAUGGAAGUAAUUGGAGGCACUGGCGUUAGACUGAAAGUGACAAAUGCAUUUAUCCAAACCCAGCCCAUUCCACAGAGAAACAUCUCCC